AUGACCCCUUCUGGGACGACAUGGGCGGGGCAGACCACAUCUUCCUGCGGCAAGCAACGUCUCAUAUCAGAAACUAUCUCCGUCAUCCGCUCACUUGGUCCCUUCUGGGACGCCAAGGGCGGGGCAGACCACAUUUUCCUGGUAAGUGAGGAGUACGGCAAGUGCGCCCUGCAGCUCUACGGGCUCGAGGACCCGCGGCUAGCGUCCGCAAUCACCCUCACUCCCUGGGGGUACACUCGGAACAUGCUCGGCACGGCAGAGGGCGGCCCGUGCUUCCGGCCCGGGCAGGAUAUAGUGAUUCCGCCCUCGGCGCAUCUGAGGUUCCUGCAGAACGCGAGUAUGGUGAGGGAGGCUGGUGGGCUGCCUGGGCUGCGGGUGUUUGAGCUGUACGCAGGGCGGGACAGUGAGACGGGCUUUAAGGUGGAGGUGGUACCGGAGGGGGGUGAGGAGCUGGCGUAUGGCGGCAUGGAGCACAGCGUCUUCUGCCUCGCCACCGCAGGCCAUGGCUGGCAUGCGUCACUGGCAAUGGCUGUGAUUGCAGGAUGUGUGCCAGUCGUCAUUCAGCCGGAUGUGCUGCUUCCCUUCGAAGGAGACGGAGUGGACUGGAGUCUCGUCUCGUAUCGUCUUAAUAUUCGUGACAUCCCCCAGCUGCACGAGCGCCUGCAGGCAAUCCCGCCAGAAGACAUCGAGCUAAAACAAAAGCACCUGCGGCAGCUAUGGCCGCUGUUCAUCUGGUCAGCUCCGCAGUUCAAUCCGGUGGAUUUUCUGCCCGAAGGGGCUCAGAUGCAGCUGACGGCGAUCGACACGUUUACGUCGGAACUGGACGAGCUGGAGGGAAUGAUUGACGGAGAGUACGAGGAGGUACCGGUCCACACGGUGACGGUGCACGACCGGGAACGAGGGGUCACGUACACGGUCGACGUGCCUCAGGACCAAUACAUUCUUCAAACAGCAGAGGAGGAAGGCAUCAAGCUGCCUUUUGCAUGCCGUCACGGCUGCUGCACAGCCUGCGCUGUCCGGGUGAUUUCAGGCGAGCUGGUUCAACCACGUGCGCUCGGUAUUUCGCAAGAGCUCAAGGAGAAGGGUUACGCUCUGCUGUGUGUGGGAUCCCCCUUUCUGACCUUGAGACGUUCCUGCUGUUUCUGCGCGGCCGCCAUUCCCACGGCUGCCGCUUCUUUCGCCGGAAAGACAAACGCGGAUUCGAAGGAAGGUUCGUCCCAAGAAAAGUUCGCGGAAAGGCCCCUCUUGAGAAAUGCGAUCAUAGUGGGCGGCGGGAUUGCCGGUCUGACGGCAGCCAUUGCUCUCCGCCGACAGGGAGUUGACGUUCAGGUGUACGAGAAGGCGGAGGGGCGUGACCCUGAGAGGGUGGGGCGCAUUGUGGGGAUUCAGCCCAACGGGCUGGCAGCGCUGCGAUGCAUCGACCCCGCCAUUGCUGAUGCUCUCUCAUCGCAAGGCGCGCACGGAUCCAGCCUGUGCCAGCUCGCCCCAUCAGGCGAGGUGCUGCUGGAGGCCACAGCACCGGCUGACGGCCGUUUCUCCCUCCGCUGGGGUUUCGCCCUCGAGGUGCUGCAGAGCUUCCUGCCUCACUCCCGCGUGCACCAAGGCUGCGAGUUCACAGGGCACGUGCAGCACUCUGGCCAUAGAUCAUGUGCUGGAGAUCGCAAGACAGGUGGUUUACGACUAUCCCUCACCCGCUCUCUCGCCCCGUCUCACCUGAUAGGGCGGCACUGGAUGCAUUUGAGGCAGAGAGGGCACCGCGGGUGGCGUGGGUAG